AGUAGUGAAGGGGCACUGAGCUGCUGGUGUCAGAGGCUCAGGGAGCUGGCAGCAUGGAGCACUUUCUGCAGGGCUGUAAGGCUGCCUUACAGGAGAAGCAUGAAUCUCUGGACUUCCACAUAGUUCUGGGCAAUGAAGCCUGUGAUUUGGACUCAAUGGUGUCUGCGAUGACCCUGGCUUACUUUCUAGCGAAGACCUCAUCAAGCAAAAACCUGGUGCACAUUCCGGUUCUCAAUAUCCCCCGGGAAGACUUCCCUCUGAGGACAGAGAGCACCUUCUUUCUGAAGGAGAACGGAAUUUCACAGGAGAUCCUGACCUUUAGGGAUGAGAUCGACAUUCCGAGUCUGUAUGAGUCCGGUCAGCUUAUGCUCACCCUGGUGGAUCACAAUGUUUUACCCAGUGCUGACUCUUUCAUGGAGGAUGUAGUGACAGAGGUUAUCGAUCACCGUGCUCUGGAGAGAAGAGCUUCAAUGAAUUGUGAGGUCACCUCUGAACUGGUGGGGUCCUGCACGACCCUGAUAGCAGAAAAGAUCAUCCGGGCCGCCCCAAAUAUCUUGGACAGACAGCUGGCAUCUUUGUUACGUGGAACGAUUGUUCUUGAUUGCGUUAACAUGACACCUGCGGCUGGUAAAGUGACCCCAAAAGACAGUGAACUUGUCACAACGCUGGAAUCCAUGUUCCCCAGUCUUCCAUUAAGGACUGAAGUGUUUGAUUCACUACAGAUAGCCAAGUUUGACGUGUCAGGUCUGACCACAGAACAGAUGCUGAGAAAAGACAUGAAAGCCAUAACGAGCCGUGACCUCCUCCUCGCCAUCAGCUCCAUCUACAUUAGCCUGGAGGAUUUUGUGCACAGGGCCAACCUGGAGUCUGACCUACGAGCAUUUUGCCAGAGGCACGGUUACAACGUUUUAAUAGCCAUGGCUAUAACUUUCAAUAGUGACAAUGAACCCACAAGACAGAUAGCCGUGUACAGUCAGCGGGAAGAGCUCCGAGCGUCGGUAUGUACAGCUUUGGAGGAAGCCGCAAACCCCUCUCUUAAACUAUCCCUAAUUCCAUCUGAUCCUUGUAAGACCAUUGUCUCUUACCACCAAGGCAACGCCAUCGCGUCUCGGAAAAAAGUCCUGCCGAUUCUCAAAGAUUUUCUCAGGAAGAGAGACUUCGGGAACAGAGCAUCUCAACUCAUGCAGUCGAUUCAAGAUACCGAAAAGCCAAAAGCCCGUUUUGGCUUUGGAGAACAAGCGACCGACGAAGGCUUGGAUGACAAUGACUUCACCGGGGAACCUGGAGACCGCUCGAACACUCCUGAUGUUGACGUUGGAGAGGACUUCAGGGGCAAAGGAUCGAAUUCUGGCUUCAAGAAACAAUCAGAUGAUGGAGCAGAAGAGGAGAACUCCUUCCCGCCAACACCCAUGAACAGUCUUGUAGAAGGGUGCCCCUUGGACAGAGGACUUCCUAAAUUUACAGCAGAAGCAAUACUGGAAAGAUUCAGCCGGAUCACUGCGGUAGAUUCUGAAGUCAAAUCAUCCGGAGGGUCCAAGUGACUUGGUGCCAACGAUGCCUGGAUAUGAAGGAACUGAAUAUCAUAAUAAGAGGAGGGGGCUUUUUCAACAGUUUUCUGUAAUACUUCAGGGUGCAAUCUUUGGUAAAAUUAACAGUAUCGCUCCCAGCAUGCGUUUCAGAAUAGAUACCCAAACGUUUGUUCUCCUUCUGCCAUGGAUUACAAUGUUUAAAUUGCUCAUUUUAGAGGCUAUGUGAGGAUUAUAGGAAUUGUAGUCCUUGGCAAGUGGAACUUCCUUUUAUCUAUGGCAGCCGAUGUAGGCUACUAAUUACACCAUGUAUAUCAAAUAAAUUAAUACUCAUGAUGUUAUUUAUUAUGCAUGCAAGGGAGGAAACCCACGGAGUAAUUAAACUAAGAUGAUCACAUAGACAAUUUAGCAAGAAAAAAAAAUGUAAAUUGUAAAAACAGAAAUAAUUAUUUAGAAUUUCUAAUUAUCAAAAUUUUAUACUACCGUGGUUUUCAUGGGAAAUUAGUACUUUUUUUACAAGUUUUUUUUUUUAAUAUAGAAUGGCUUGAGUUAUUUUAAUUCACUCAAAACUAAGGCUUAAUGUUGAGGUUAUACUCACUGCAAGUGUCCGUGCCCUGUUAAAAAUAAACUCUUAUUUGCAUUUUUUUUUUCUUUCAUUAAAACUGGUUUAUCGGUCCAUAA